AUGAGGCAGCACAAUGAGCGGGCGAAAGGAGAAGCAGAGAGCCACGCGGCGCAAGCCAUGGCCGACGGGCGGCACCACCAGCAGCAGCAGGAGGCUGUCCGAGGCGGGGACGUUUGGGAAAUCGACGUGGAGAGCCUGGAGGAGCCGCGCGAGGAGAGCAGAGGCUGGUCAGGGCGGCGAGAAAUCGACGUGGAGAGCCUGGAGGAGCCGCGCGAGGAGGCCCAGCAGCCGGCGGCGUCCUCCGCGCAACAGCACGGACCCAGAGCAGAGUCUGGUCAGGGCGGCGAGAGACACGAAGGCAUGGAGGAGGAGGAAGAGGAGGAGGAGGAGGAGGAGGAAAAUGGGGAGGACGAGGACGAGGACGAGGACGACGACGAGGAGGAGGAGGACGACGGCGGUGGCGGCGAGCAGGAGGGCUCGGCCAGCCGGACUCCGCAGGAGGCUCCCCUUUCUCAGGGCCAGCAGCUCGUCGCUGCGCCGGCGUCGGAAAGAGGGGCUGUAGCCGCCGGCGGGGAGCCGCAGCCUCGGAAGCUGAGCCGGACGCCCAAGUGCGCGCGCUGCCGCAACCACGGCGUGGUCUCGUGCCUGAAAGGCCACAAGCGCUUCUGCCGCUGGCGGGACUGCCAGUGCGCCAACUGCUUGCUGGUCGUGGAGCGGCAGCGCGUCAUGGCCGCCCAGGUGGCCCUCCGCAGGCAGCAGGCCACUGAGGAUAAGAAAGGACUUACAGGGAAACAGGCUAACUUCGAACGCAAGACAGUAUACCAGAGGCAUGUUCGGACACCAAGUUUGCUGGCUAAAAGCAUUUUAGAAGGUUAUCGCCCAGUUGUGACAGAUCCGUAUCUUGGAGGGAAUUCAUCUUUGCCACCUCCUGUGAGUGAUAGAAUGAGAAAGAGACGGGCUUUUGCUGACAAAGAGCUGGAGAACAUCAUGCUUGAGAGAGAAUAUAAGGAAAGAGAAAUGAUGGAAGCUACUCAAGCGGCUGCCUUUUUUUUGCCUAACCGCAUGGUGCAUGGGACUGAAUACAAUCCUUACAAAACUGCCUUUAGCCCAAGUCAGGUUGAAGCUUCCAGUAAGGAGUUCUGCGGCUUCAUGCCAGCUUGCCUAGAUCUAACUAUGCAGUAUUCAGGUUCAGGCAACAUGGAGCUUAUUUCAUCGAAUGUGAGUGUAGCCACUACCUACAGGCAGUACCCUUUGCCCUCCAGGUUCCUGGUGUGGCCAAAAUGUGCACCCCUCAGUGAUGCUCUUCUUUACCAGCAGUGCCUCCUAAAUGCUACAGCAAUGCAAACUCUCAAACCUGCGGCAGUCUGGGAUCCAAAGGCUUCACAAGGCCAGGACUGUGCCAGUCCUGAACAUGACAUGAUGUCGGCAAAGAAUGAAAACUGGUUCUUCCUUCCUCAUAUUCGAGAAAGUCAUCCUCCUCAAAAUGAACUGCUGCACAAUGCUCAGGAGACUCGGGAGAGGUCGGCCUUUUCACCCCCAAAGAGGACUUUCUCACAGGUCUCAGAUAAAGAUAAUCUGGUUCCUCAGGAUCAGUCCCUCAGCAAGGUUAGCAAAGAAACCUCCAAGCAGCGUUUAUCACCACCGCCACUACAAUCCAAAUAUACUCCUUUCCAUACAUUAUUUCAACAGGCAUUAUACAGCAAAUCAGGACCAGAAUUGAAAACAACAUUUGAUGAGGCGACAAAGAAGUACAGAGACUGUGCCAUCAAAGAAAAUCAAAAAUACAAACUCACCAUUGACAGAUAUGCAAAAGACUUUUUAGGAUCCAAACAAGUUGUAACAAAGUUGUCAACAAAUGAGCCCCUUUCGUUUUCUGUUGAAUCAAUUCUUAAGCGGCCUUCUUCAAUGGUUGCUAAUAUUUCUCAGUAGACAGAAUGGAAUCUUCAAAUGAUUCAAGAUACAGUGGUGCCCCACUUGAUGACA